AUGCCGGAUUCGAAACCGAAGCCCCAUGUGGUUGCACUCGUCCAGGAACUCUACAGCGAUUUCUUGAAGCCCAGCUACAUCAACGACCGCUUUGCCAGCCUUCGCAACAUGGGCCGUGCUGACUGGUGGAUGAUACAAGAUGUGGCUGUGCAACCCGCUACAUGGCGAGCCCUUUGCCUGGUGGGUUUUCCUGUGGCGAUGUCCGGCUUUAUGCGGGCCACAAUGAAGGUCCUCAGAUUGAGGGAGGCCUCGAAUGUUGGAAAGAUCGGCAAGGACGUUCGGAAUGUUGAAAUGUUCCUGGAGCAGGAGGCCAAAGCUGGCAAUUAUGAUCCGAAGCUUAAUUUCGGAUCUUUUGUCGUGCGGAAGGCACAGACAGUAGAUAUCCCAAACAGUGAGGACCGAACAAAGCUUGCAAAGGAGGCACAAGAACAACUGCAGCAGGAGCAAGACAAUAUGAAGGACCCGGAACCCGAGACGACAGAAGGUGCUACAAGCAAAACCAAGAAGGCCUUGCCAGCAGUCAAGGCAAAGGCCAAAGCAAAGGCGAAAGCAAAGGCCAAAGCAGUCCCAAAAUCCAAAGCAGCCCCGACCAAGACAGCCCCGGCAACAACCCCGAAAGCAAAGGCGAAAUCGAAAGCCAAGUUGACGAAGCCUGCCCCUCCGAGCCCCGAUGUUCGGGAUCCCACUGCCCGUGCUUCCACCGAUCCUCCCGCAGGCAAGCCAAGCAAACCGGAGCACACAGAGGAGACGCAGCCGGACAACAGCAACAAGAAGAACUCUGUAAAUGCAAACGACAAAGCGGCCGCAGCAAAGCCCACAAAGAUGCUGAAGCGAAAGAAAGGAUUGAAGAAGCGAUGCAAAGGAGGCCAAGCCGAGAAGAUGGCAACCAGCAGAAAGCGCAAAGCCCACAAGCUCUACAUGAGCAAGCAUACACCGGGUGAGAUCAAGAAGACUUUCGAGAGGUUCAAGUAUUGCCAUCAGCUCAGGAAAAUGGAAAAAUGGCAUCAUCUACAAGACGGUGACAUCGAAAAGGAAGAAUUCUUCUUUGGGAUGCCGAAAAUGGCUCACUCGUCUGCAAUUGCUUCAGCAUUUCGACAACGAUGCUGA